AUGACAUUAUAUAAAUGUGUGCUAAAUCAGAGCUUUUAUUUGGACUUCAAUAACAUGUGUGAGCCAUACUGGGAACCGCUUGCAGAAGUUUAUAUUGCUGAAAAAUCACAAUUUUUAAAUCAAGACGACUACACAUACUGUCUUUGCAGUCGCGUAUUUAUCAGAAACCCUGAGGUUUAUACAGUGAUUCAAGACGAUGAUCCUGGAGAAGAUAACCAAAAUGAGAAUGAUUGUCUGCCAGAAAUGCUGGAUAUUCACAAGCAGAAUCUAGUCGAGGCACAAAUUACUGAAAAACAUGAUGAAGAACCAGUCAGCUGUUAUUGCAGUGCAUCGCACACAGACAACAACUACUCAACAGAUGAAUACGAUUCAGUACGCGACUCAGUCCAAAGAUCAACAGCACAAAAUUUUUCUCACAAACUAGGUCUCCACCAAUCCGACUCUGGAGCUGACUUAUCAGAAUACCACGAGCAAUACGAGUCUAUAACCACUGGCUUACACCCUUUAGUCUCCGACAAACCCAAAGUAGCCAAGACUCUAAACCAAUUAGUAGUAAAUUUAAAGCCUCGUGAAUUGAACAAUAAAUGGCUGAACUACAGCGAGUUCGACGGUUCUUGUGACGCCGAUUCCGAGAUCUACGAUUCUUAUUUAAACGUUGACAUCGUAACCUACGGCAACGGUGAAAAGAGUGUCUUGGAAGUAUCUUGGGAGAAAUUCUGGGCUGAGAACGGCGAGCGUGUAAUUUGGGCCUCUUGGAUCGCCAAGUACGCUGAUUACAUUAACCCAGAUUACUUGUGUGACAUUGACAUCGACCCACCAGCAGCUAUUGAGAGCAAAAAAUCUCCUCGUGAUUCUAUUGAAAAAUUCAGCGAACAAAACACUUGUUUUCCCAGUCAAGCUCACAAAAAUUGCACUACCGAGCGUUCUAAUUUCGAGGGAAUAUUUUUAAAAAAUAAAUCCAGCGACUCAGAAAGCAGAAGUAGAAACAGCGUGAGUUUUUCUUUUGAAAAUGACGUCCAAGAAAUAAUCAAUGACAAAGAAGCUGAAGAGAACCGCAAAAAAUUGGGCAAUUACGACGAAGGAGAGAUUGUUGGAGACGGCUGGAACCCUCUGAGUCCUUACAGCGUCGAGGAUAGUUACCAAGCUUCAAACGCCGAAGACGAGAGACUUAUCGCAAUGUCACGUUGCGAUUCAACAAAUGGGUCAAUUGCUAAAACAUACGCGACAAUUUCCGACUCGAUGACCAACGUUACAAAAAUGACCUUGUCUGAGUCGAGUUAUGAUUCUAACUCAGCGCGAUCUUUGAGUCUCGUCAGCUCAGUAACUAGUUCUAUUGAGAGCAAUGUCACCACUAACAGCAGCCUUGAUCAGGAUAACGAGAUGCCCUCGAGUGAUAAUGAUAAGUACUGGCAGUACUUGUGGAAAAUGAACUUCCAAGCAAUGUACGAAAAACACUACGAUAAUUUUGUACUGCGUUAUAAUAAAUAUAGACAUAGUAUUACUAUUAAUAGUUCACCAACGACUGAUAAUCAUGAUAAUCAUAAUUACCAUUACGCUCAACAACUCACACAACCUCAAUAUAAUAAUAAUCACCCGUUAAAUCAGGAAAAAGAUAAGGACCUUCUUCUGGACGAUGAUAUUAUUAUUAUUGAACCAAAUGAAUUAAAAACUCCAGUUAAAAAUCUAAAUAAAAAUGAAAGUAAAUCAGGGACCAGAAAACCAGCUUCUAAGCGCCGGUUUGAUUCCAAGAGGAAAAUUAUUGAGUCUGUUGGAGCGUUGAUGCAAAAUUUAAGUGUUACUGCUUCCGGAAGCAAUCCUGGAGUUCAAGAUGAGUCUUCUUCUAAGCCUGAGACAGCUCAGGAGGGUAAGAAUGAAGGGAGAGACGGUCAAAGUCUGCCUGCUAAUGUUGAGAAAUUUGGAAAGAAUGAUGACAGUGAUGGAGAAAAGUCUCAGGAAAAUAAACAUCUUGCUCUGAAGCGGUCUCAUGCUUUGGACCUAGAGGAGACUGAGGAAGGAUUAGAGACGAUAAAAAAGGCGUUUUCUAUUAUGGGUUACACAUUUAAUGAAGAUAAUAAUCAGUUAAAAUUGCAAGGAGAGGUUGUUUAUAAAAAAAAACAUGUGAGACUGCCGAAUAGGCAAUUAAAAAUGAAGAUAAAUCGGGCGAAAAAUAACAAGCAUACUUAUUUUGAUGACAAUGGUUUGGAAAUAACGAAUACUAUUGAUAAAGUCAAGCAAUAUUUAUCCUUCUGUCCAAUAACUGUUCCAGCGGAUACGGAACUGCAGGCUAAUGAUCUGGGGUCUUAUACUAAGGUUCAGUUUACCUCGAGCUCGGAUGAGGAGUGUGAUAAUUUGAGUGGGAUCAAUAAUUCCAAGCUGUGUGCCAAGCGUCUGGUUUUUAGCAAGCCGAGCACCAGUUCAAUGGAAACUCCGCCUGACUUGCAGGGGACUUUUGAUAGUACUGAUGAUGUUUUUGAAGGCGAGGUUGGGCAGUUUGAAACGGAGAUGGUGGAGAAGGGUGCAGAAGACUUUGUGAUUGUUGGUAAGUCUUCUGGGAAUUUGGUAGUUAAGAAUGAGGAGCAGGUUGAUGUAAGCAAAAAUGAUGAUGACAGUGUUAAGAAGUCGCUGAAGAAGAGACGCAGGAAGCAGACUAAGAGGAAUGUUAGUCUUCCUGUGGAGGUGGACAAUGAUAGAGAGCUGAUGAAGUACUGGGUCAAGAGGUACCGCUUGUUCAGUAGGUUUGAUCAGGGAAUUAAGCUGGAUCGCGAGAGCUGGUUCUCGGUGACUCCGGAAAAAAUUGCUAUGCACAUUGCCGAGCGCUGUCGCUGUGAUACUAUCGUAGAUGCCUUCUGCGGCGCCGGUGGCAAUGCCAUUCAAUUCGCUUUUACUUGCGAGAGGGUCAUUGCUAUUGAUAUUGAUGAAGGGAAAAUUGAGUUAGCGAGGAAUAAUGCUAAGCUCGCGAUUCUAGCAGGGCCUGGAGGUGGUGUUGAAGUUGAGCAAAAUUUUCUAGAUCGAAAACUAGUAGCUCUGACUGCAUAUUUCGGAGAUCUUCUCAAGGACUGUUAA